ACGACGCCAAGACAACGGUAUCUCUGCGUGACGGUUAGCUUCUCUUCUUUCCAACCGCCAACUAGACCGCGCCGGGGAGAAACUGAGAAGUCGAGCAGUCCGGCCGCAAGAUGCCGUGAGUGCAGUUGAGAAUGGCCAGGGCCACAUCGCAUGGCGCUGCAGCAGCUGCACAUCUUAAUCCGACCGCCGCCAGCGCCAACGCCAGCAACCACCGCAGCCGUCUCGGAGCGGCGCCGUCGCCGUCACCAUCAGGCAGCCGCCGCAAGAAUAAUGCUGGUGAUAAUCACAACAAUGAGGAGGGCGUCGGCCUGCUGGAAGCGGGGCCGGACCUUGGCGACGACGUCGACGAUGGCGACGACGACGGCCUCAUAGUCCACCCGGGCGAUCCGGACGGCGAAGGCGACGGCGACGGUGCCGCCCGGACGCCCCGAACGCCCAACCGCGUCCGCUUCGACCUGCGUCCGACCUUUGUCGACGACCAGGACGGCAGAUCCAGCAAUGGCUCCGCCGACCUCCCGCACCAGGACGACCACCACCACCCGCGCUCCAGCUUCGACGUCGACGACGCCGACCCCCUCACCAGCGACGGCAUCCCGUACCACCACCACCACACGCAACGCGUGCCCCUGCUCACAGGCAUCGAAGCACCCUCUGUCACCCUGUCCGCCGCGCUCCCAGGCACCGAGGAGGAGGACGACGCGGAGGCAUGGCACGCGCACGAGCAGCGGCGGCCCAAGUCGUCGCUGCCGUCGGCGUUCAUGAACAUGGCCAACAGCAUCAUCGGGGCGGGCAUCAUCGGGCAGCCGUACGCGCUGCGCCAGGCGGGCCUGCUGGCGGGCGCCGCGCUGCUCGUCGCCCUGACGCUCGUCGUCGACUGGACCAUCCGCCUCAUCGUCGUCAACUCCAAGCUCGGCGGCGCCAGCUCGUUCCAGGGCACCGUCGAGCGCUGCUUUGGUCGGCCCGGCCUGGUCGCUGUGUCCGUGGCGCAGUGGGCGUUUGCGUUUGGUGGUAUGGUCGCGUUCGGGGUUAUUGUUGGGGAUUCGAUCCCGAGUGUAUUGCGUGCCGUGUGGCCUGGGCUGCCGGACGUGCCGGUGCUCGGGCUGCUGGCGGACCGCAGGGCGGUGAUUGUGGUGUUUACGCUCGGGGUGAGUUACCCGCUGACGCUGUAUCGGGAUAUUGCGAAGCUGGCCAAGGCGAGUACGCUGGCGCUGGUGAGCAUGGCGGUGAUUGUGAUUACCGUCGUGGUGCAGGGCUUCAUGGUGCCCAUGGAGGAGAGGGGCACGCUCAAGGACUGGCGGCUGUUGAUCAUCAACGACGGCAUCUUCCAGGCGAUCGGGGUGAUAUCGUUCGCCUUCGUCUGCCACCACAACUCGCUCCUGAUCUACGGCUCGCUCGAGAAGCCGACGAUUGACCGGUUCGCCAAGGUGACGCACUACUCGACGGGCAUCUCCAUGGCGGCGUGCCUGCUGAUGGCGCUGGCGGGCUUCCUGACCUUCGGCGACAAGACGCAGGGCAACGUGCUCAACAACUUCCCCCGCGACAACACCAUGGUCAACGUGGCGCGCCUGUGCUUCGGGCUCAACAUGCUCACGACGCUGCCGCUCGAGGCGUUCGUCUGCCGCGAGGUCAUGCUCAACUACUACUUCCCCGGCGAGCCGUUCAACAUGAACCUGCACCUGCUCCUCAGCACGAGCCUCGUCUUCAGCGCCAUGGUGCUGAGCCUGGUGACGUGCGACCUGGGCACCGUCUUCGACCUCGUCGGCGGCACCAGUGCCGCCGCCAUGGCCUACAUCCUGCCGCCGCUGUGCUACAUCAAGCUGACGACGCGGUCGUGGAAGACGUACGUCGCCUGGGCGGUUGUCGCGUUUGGGUGCACCGUCAUGGCCAUGAGCAUGUUGCAGGCGGUCGGGAAGAUGAUCAGAGGGGAGGGAGAUACCCGGCAGUGCUACUAAUACGCAUAGACUAUCAGCAAUACCUUUUAAUAGGCGUAGGAUAUGCAUGACUCUUGUCCUAGGCCGUUCAGGCGAGUAUAGACUAAUAGAAGAGGGGGCUGGAGUUUGAUGGUUACUUGCUGUCUCCGGGUCGGCGCUACGCAACUAGAAUGGAACUCAGCAUCUGGCGUCCCUAACGCCAGACGGAUAAUGCGUCUUGACGGUCGCCAAUCACACGGCACCAUCCGAGUCUCUGCUUGAUCCCAUCCGCAUAUCGCCUCACUUGGCACUGAGCAUAGCAACUGGUCUGUACAGUCCGUUCCCCACGCACCG